AUGACGUCUGAAACUUUUACUACGAAUUUUCUAUCAAAUAAAGGAUUCUUUAUAAAAUAUGGUUCGAAUUUAUUUGGUCUUACAGGAACACUUGGUUCUGAAAAAGCUAAGCAAGUCUUAGUUGAUAUAUAUAAUGUACAUCUAGGUAUUAUUCCCAGUUUGCGUCAAAAGCAGUAUCUUUCAUUGCCUGAUCUUGUAUUGACUAAUGAAGUUGAUUGGCUUAAUGAAAUAUGUCGUUCGGCAAUCAAUGAAUCGAGAAAAGAAUGA